CGUUCAUCAAUCACUUUUGUCAAGGGUCAACAUCACACAAGAUGGAGCAAAAGAGUAAUAGAUCUUCCGCAAAACUUUUACUUGGCAUCGGAGCGACCCUCUUGGCCAAUCUAAUCCUGGUCACUGUUAACUUCACAGUGAAAGAGAAUCCCAUUUACGGCGGCGAACUGUGUCUGAUCAAAGGCGGUGUUCAAUUGGUGGUCUUUGGAUUGGCCAUGGUCACUCAAUCCAAUCAAGAGCUCCCAAAAGAACUUUCCCUGAAGCUUCAUGUCCUUGGUUUUGGCCUGACUGUCGGGAUCCUAACAUUGGCAUCCUAUGUGGCAGUGCAAAUGGUCCCUGUGAGUGACUUCUUGGUGAUCUGCUUCACCUCGCCAAUUUUCACUGUGUUCUUAAGUAAAUGCAUACUGAAAACUUCAGUCACAUUCACCAAGGUGGGCUUGUGCUUGAUUCUCACCAUUGGUGUCAUUUUGGUAGUGAAACCGCACAUGAUUUUUCAAACCUUCGAUAACGACUCCGAGGCUCUCGAAAUGGAAGCUAAUCAUACACGUAGAGCAACCGAGGAAAUGGAAACCGGCGACACUGUCAAUUCUGACGCAUUGACAUACACCCUUGGGAUCUUGGCCAGCGGAGUGGCUUCAAUCUGUGGAGCUUUGGUGAAUGUUCAGGUGGCCAAGUGUCGAAUGUGUUCUAGCAAUCUCCUCAUGAUUUCUGGUGGAGUUGGAACCCUGCUCGUUUCCUUUCUCUGUCCAUUGAUCAAUAUUCCUAACCGCAUCUUUGAAGAUAGUUCUGGGAUUCCAUUCUCUAGUUGGAUGCUUAUCAUCAGUGUUUCUAUUGGAAGUAUUGUUGCCGGCCUACUUUUAGUCAUUGCAAACAAAUUGGCCUCCCCAACUAUUGUCAUUAUGUUCAGAAGUACUGAGCUCAUUUUUGCUCUGGCAGGCGAAUGGAUGAUAUUCAAGAUCACUCCAGAACUGUUAGGUUGCUUAGGCUCGAUCUUGGUUUUAGCCAGUGUGAUUGCUAUGCCUUGGGCUGAUAGCAUUCAGACCUAUUUUAACCGUUGUUUUAUGUGUGAAACAUCAGAUCAACCAGAAAUUGUCGAGGACAUGAUUUUGAAAGAAGCAGGGAUAGGGCUUUUGCCCAAGCAAGAGGGAUGGAGUGGUGAUAAUAAAUAA